AUGGCCUUUUCUUUGCUUGACUCGUGUUUGGCUGCUCUCGCGCUCGUCCUGCUCGCGUCCCUCUCUCGAAAGAAGCGCCCAACUCCUCCAGGGCCCCGAGGGCUGCCGGUACUUGGAAACCUUUUUGACAUCCCAAAGAAAGAGUCAUGGCAAGUUUACCUCGACUGGGGAAAGCAGUACAACAGUGAAAUCCUGUACAUGAACGCAGGUGGCAAGCCUAUGUUCAUUUUGAACUCGGUCAAGGUCAUCCAGGACCUGCUCGUCCGGAGAUCUAACAUUUACUCGGACAGACCGCGUUCCACUAUGCUAGACGAGCUGGAUUGGAACCUCCUGGUUAAUGCCAUUCAUGAACAAAGACAAUAAAUGGAAAAACAUCGCCAGCUCUUCCGACGCGAAUUCGACAACCUUGCGGGUAGUACCGCUAACAAGAAUCACGAGGUCCAAGCUGCGAGAAGACUUCUCCAGCGUCUAUUGACUUCGUCCGAUCACGAAGGAGAACUCAGAUUGGCUUCUGUCGACGUGAUUCUUUCCAUCACCUAUGGUAUUACCCCCACGAACUUCGAGCACCCAUUCAUCACCACCCCGGAACAAAUCAACGAGAUAUUCGCCGACGUUGCGCGGGGAGGCUAUUUGUGGAUGCGUUUCCGUUUUUGAAGUACCUACCGAAAUGGUUCCCCGGUGUUGAAUUCCACGAAACUGGAGAAAGAGGUAAGGCGCUGGCGGUAGAUCUCCUCAUGGGUCCCUACAAGGAGGUUAAAUCUCAGGUGAAAAUGGGACGGCAGUUUCGUCCGUCGCGUCUCGCUUUCUCUAUGCAGUGCAGGAGGGCGCGGACACUUCCGAAAGGGAAAUAGAUGCCAUGCGAAGCGUCAUGGCCAACGCUUAUCUCGGUGGAGCUGACACACCGUCUGCGCACUUUACAACUUCACUACGGCAAUGGCUCUCUACCCGCACGUUCAAAAGAAGGCGCAGAAGGUCCUCGACGAUCUGCUUUCAGGCCAACGUCUUCCCGAAUUCAGUGACUUCGGAAGCGUACCAUACCUUGCUGCAGUCGUCAACGAGGUCCUUAGAUGGCACCCGGUCACUCCAUUCGCGAUUUAUCAUGCCUCCAACCAGGACGAUACAUACAACGGCUAUUUCAUCCCCAAGGGCUCCUAUAUGAUCGCAAAUUCUUGGGCGAUUUUACACGAUGAAAGCAUUUUUGGCCCAGAUACCGACAAGUUCAUUCCCGAAAGAUUCAUGAAAGACGACGCAAACGCACCUGGCCCCGAUCUUUCUGACGUUGAUUUGGCAUUUGGUUUUGGCAGACGCGCUUGUCCCGGAAGACUCAUGGCGCGUGACACCCUUUGGGUCAUGGCAGCACACAUCCUGACCGCUUACGACAUUACUGACCCAGUCGACAAGGACGGAAAUAAACUUACAGCUGAAAGUCCGAUGGAAUGGAGCAAUGCCAUGGUUAGGUG